AAUUCACAGUAUUGAUUAACUUAGUACAUUUUAGAAAUGUUUUUUCAAAGCAUAUGUUGUGCCAUUCUGGUAACUUGUGUUUUUGGUAGACAGUUGCAAAUUUCAAAUAGUUUCAUGACUGGCAUUACUGUUUCAGUAACUGGAUAUUCAGACAUCCAAAUGAGCAGUUUAAGCAAUCAUAAUUUAAAUGUAGAGGAACCAUGGAGUGGUAUUAUAACAGCAUGUCAUAGUUAUUGUGGUGAUGAUGUUAGAACCCAAGCUCAACUAACAUUAAGUUCUAAAGGAGAUAGUUAUGCUGUUUCCUUAGUAAAUGGCUUUAAUAUCAGAAUCAGGAUUGAAACGCAAAAACCAUGCAAUGGAACACUAUGCUACUCUGAUUUAUUAAGCUUAUGUCCACAAGAAAAUAGGAUUAUAAAGUCAAACAGAGUAGUAGCUUGUAUGAAUACUCCAUCUUUGUUUGAAAAAGAAUGUCCAGAGGCUAUAGUAACAGAUGGUGAAAAAAGCUCCAAAACAAAAAGUUGUCAUAAUCCUGGUCAACUUUAUAGGGUCAACUUUGGAAAAGAUUUUGAAUAAUACGUCUAAAUAAAUGUUAAAAUAUUUUAUUGUGGUUUCAUUUAUCCAUAUGAUUCAUUAAAUUUAAUUGUAAAGUGCAUAUACA